AUGUCUCGACUCGUUGUUCAAGACUUCAAGGAAAGUGACAAAGGCACCUACACGUGCAGCAGGAAGACCGAUGGCGACGGCAAUGCAGUGACCCCCGCCAAGGUCGACCUGGUGAUGCGGCCGCGUCUUCUGGCCGAUUUUGUGGCUCUGGCUCCCACGGAAACCGAUGACACCGUCUCGGCCACAGUGAUGACCGGUUAUCGUGUCAGUGUGCCGCUUGAAGAGGGAUUCGGCGGGCGUCUGGUGUGCCGAACCAACCCGGCCUUCAAGGCGCCAAUCCGCGUCACUUGGUUCUACCAUGGAAGGCAGCUGAUUGGUCCAGCCGCCUCGAUGCUGGAAGAGGAGGUGGAGUUGGUACCGAGUAACGAAAAGCCGAAGCAGGACCAGCGUGGUAAUUCGGAAGGGCGGAAGAGAUUUCGGCUUCAAAAGAAGUCCGGCAGGGAGUCGCAGUUGGCGAAUGCGCCGAAGAAAUUCGCCGAUGGAAUCUUUAGACCGGUGGUCGUGGAUCCUGCGGAAUUGGGUGUCUCUUUGGAAAACGACUCACAGGUUCUGAAAUUUUCAAAGCUUUCAUCCCGCCACGCCGGGAUGUACAUGUGCAAAGCAGAAGCCCCAAACCCAGUCUACAGACCUCCUCUCCCACCGGAUCAACUGACACGAGCGGUGUUCUCCCACAUGCCGAAUUUCGCUGCGCCUGGUCUCGCCGCAGCCAAGCCCUUUGAUGUCGCCACCGACAGCGGCAUCAACACCGAGUUCCUGGUUCAAGUCCAGCCCAUCCGUCUGAUUGUCUUCACUCGACCUCGAAUUCUUCCAGGGAACCCGCGACUGAUUGACAUUAGCCCACCCACCUCGCCCUCACCACCGCCGUCGUGGUCGAUGAGGGGACGGUUCGACCCUCCCUCCGCUUACGCCUCCCACCUGCGCAGUCGUCGUACCCUCGACACCCUCCACAUUCCACCUUGGGCGUACGCAAACCGUCCGGUUGCCAAGGAGGGCGAAAAAAUGGUUCUGGAGUGUGCCGCGAGGGGAAAUCCACCUCCGAAGCUUGUCUGGUUUAAGGGCGGCGGUGGCACGAGUUUGCCCCAUCCCGACAACGGCCCUCGCAAAAUCGACGUGAAUUUUGACGUCGCUAUUCGCGAAGCCCUGAGUUACCUUCCUCUGGAUGAAGCGAAAAAGUACUUGGGAACUAAGGUAGCGGAGGACGGCCAAUUGUACCCGGCAAUCACGGAGGCCUCGUCCGACUUCAAUCUGUCCGAUGUGAAGAAGAUUGUGGACCUCGACGGCGCGUCGUUGGGACCGAAGGAGGUGGAGUUUUCGGGGACUCGACUAGACCGUUUCUCUGUUGUUGCAGGUCUACGAAAAGACGACACUGGAGUGCCCAUUAUAGCCGUGUCUAGACUCAUUGUGGACAAUCUGGGUGUGUCGGACGCGACGAGGUAUACCUGUCUGGCUCAACUGGACAUGGAACCGCUUGGGGGCCACGGAAACUGGACUGACGUUGGAAGCAUGCUCCCGGCGAUCAUCCUGCUGCCGAAAUUCGUCGCGGCUGGAACCAAACUCUACGCGACCGGCAACCCUGGCGAGAACGCGACGCUGACCUGCGAAGCUCUCGGUGGUUUAUCGACCCCGGGGGGACUCCAACUCACCCUUCUACGAGGGUCCGGUCUGAAGGAGCUCGCAGACCAGAUCAUCACCGCCAAGGGCACCCUCCAGCACUCGACACUGUCAGACGUCGCGACGCUGGAAUCGCGGCCGUUUUUGGGUUCAGGCGACCGCGAGAAGGUGCCGUUCGAUGAGAGGAUCGAGACAAUCCGACCAGACAUGGAUCCGAGGUACCAUCUUAUGUCCGGACCAGAUCCGCGGAACCCCUACGCAGCGAUGGUUCGACUGACCAUUACCAACUUGCUCCCCGAAGACAAUAACUACUACGUUUGCAAAGCGCAAAGCGGUGAAAACUGGAUCUCCUACGCACCAUCGCUGGAAGACUCGCUCGGUCGACUGUCGGUGUGGUUCGCCCCACCGAGAGCUGGUGCCCCUUCAAGGGACGGCGACGGAAGUGAAGGAGGAGGGGGAGGAGGAGACGGCGGCGGUGGCGGCGGCGGCGAUCGGGAUGGUGGCGGUGGAGGUGAUGUGAUGUACGGUCUGGCGCACAAACCAUCUCGACUCGAGUGUCGAUCGCUGGGACAACCGCCUCCGCACUGGACUUGGACGGGACCGGCCAUUCGCAAGCCAAUUGUGCCUGUUUCUCCUGGCGAAUCUGUGGAGGCUGACGGCUACACCGUGCGUGUCUACCAGGAGGGUGAGGAGUCGGUGAGUGAGCUGAUUCUUCCAGCGGCGUACUGGAGCUUCGGCAUUUUCGGCAGCUACUCGUGCACGUCGGAAAACCGACUUGGCAAGGCCACCGGCUACGUUCGGCUCAAACUCGCCACGCACCCUCAGCGUCCCAAUGUCACCGCGUGCACGUCUACCGAGCAGACCACCGCCACCAUCCCGAUCGCCGCCGCCGCCACCGCCGCCGUCUCCUCCUCCCCCUCCUCCUUCACUUCCGUCGCCGUC